AUGCCGUCCUUCGCUGAUCAACCAGAGGAAGUCAAAACUCGCGAAAGGAAAAGAGUUAGAAAUCUUUUGAGAUAUUAUACACCAGAAAAAUAUAAACUUACGCGUCAAAGUGAGGAUGACAAUAUCGAAACAAACAGCCACGGAUAUGCAGCGUUACCAGAAACCAUUUGUGAAGCGGAAGAACAACCACCGAUACAAGAGAAUCCAAAGGAAAACGAGAAGGGGGGGCCAGAUCCUUCAAAACGACUUCGUGAUGAUCCUACGUUAACUGCCUUUGCGCAGCUUGGCGCAUAUCGAUUAAACACUGAAAGAUCUUUCAUAUCUCUAAUGGACUCUCACAACCAAUAUAUCAUUGCAGAAGCGACAAAGAGUGUCUCUUUACUCCAAAGUGACGUUACUAAACCUGGUGACGAAAUAUUUCUUGGGGCUCGCAUCCUAGAUAUGCACUGGGGGAUAUGUCCAAAUACCAUUCAGAUUUUCACGGCCAAGGACGACGCUGGUAAUGUGAAAACUAACCUUGUUACCGCGAAUCAGACUCGUUAUGUAAUGAACGACCUCUCUGCUAUUGAACGGUACAAAACACGCCCCUACAUUGCAGGUUGGCCACAUAUGAGAUAUUAUGCCGAAGUUCCUAUUUACAGUCCGGACAAUUAUGUGAUAGGAACCUAUUGCGUGGUCGAUAACAAACCACGAUAUGAGGGUCUGAACGACGAGGGGUUUGCGAUAUUAACCGAGAUCGCAAGAGCAAUCAUGAGACACCUUCAACUGAUCGAAAAUCAAAGCCACUUAGAAAGGGGUGCGAAGAUGGUAAAAGGCCUGGGACUUUUUGUGGCUGGCAAGUCUAACCUGGGUGAAGGGUUGGAAGAUAGUUCCCCAAAUUCUCAGAGCGAAUCCAAUUCUUGCGUAACCGAUACGGCUGAGACAUUCUCGACAUCAAGGGAACAAACGGAGAUAUGCCAAACGCAGGUAAACUCUGUUAGUAUAGCAAGCCAGGUCAGCGAAUCAUCUUCGUUUUCCUCCGGGUUCGACAAAACUACAAUCAUUGAAAGAAACAGGCCGAGCAUAAGUCGUACUUCUUCAGCGGAGUCUGCGCGAAAACAAUCUUUUUCCAGCAUAAAACUCAAACAGUUAUUUUCUCGAGCAAGUCAACUAAUCCUUGAGGCCAUAGGUCUUGAUGGAGUUGUCUUUGUUGACGCAUGCUUUAGAGGUUCGGCGAGUAAAAUUUCAUCCAAGAACAGGUUUAUCUCUGGCGCUACCCCUAAUGGAUUUAAAGACCGGGUUCAAAAUGGCGAUGGAAGUAAGGCACCAUAUUUCUCAACUGAUAUUGCUAAUGAUUUUGAAUCUAAACGGACAGCAAAGCCUCUAACGAGUGAUUUGUUGGGAUGCAAAGUCAGACACAAUCUGGACUCUUCUCAACUCGACGAGCUUACAGAUAUUUCACUCUCACAGACAACUGUAAGGGGUUUGAUGACAUGUUAUAGUCAAGGUCGGAUUUUUGUCAUUCUCGACAAUGGUACUCUGGAUUAUGAUCUAGAACCCGAGCCGUUCGAGAUUUGCGAAAAUGGAAAUAUUGAGCCUGACAAAGCAGUUGUUGCAGCAUGGGUUGGAGAAUUAUUGGUGGUCUGUCCUAGAGCACGAACGAUUGUCUUUUUCCCUUUGAGGGAUCCACAACGAGAUCAAUGGCUUGCAGGAAGCUUCGCUUGGACAGAAAGGCCGUUCAGAAUCAUGACCACAGAGGAUCUCACCUAUCUCACAGCCUUUGGGAACUGCAUCAUGGCCGAGAAGUCUCGUCUAGAUGCCGAGCUUGCGGAUCGUGCCAAAUCAGAUUUUAUCUCCGUGGUUUCGCACGAAUUGCGGAGUCCUCUUCACGGUGUUUUAUCUAGCGCAGAGGCUCUUCGAGAUACGUCGACCGGCGAUGAGCAAGAUGAUAUGAUUCGUUCUAUAACCAUAUGCGGCGAGGUUCUGCUGGAUACUAUGGACCAUAUCCUAGAUUACGCUAAAAUGACCAACAAGGAGGAGACUAAAGAUAUGAAGGAUCUUCCAAGACAAUUUAUUGACUCAAACACGGAUUUCGACCUCAGUAACCUCAUUGAGACCGUCAUUGAGGGGGUCUCUGCGGCACAAAGCUUUCGACAAUCAACCUUUGAAGGUUCGCUUUCCGUCGAUAGAGAUGAUCUAGAUACGACCAUGGAUGCAAGUGGCUCGCCAGAUAGUGUUGUGAUUGUUCUUGAGAUCGAUUGGCAGAUCUCCUGGACCUUCAGUUCCCAAAUCAGUAGCUGGAGACGAAUUUUGAUCAACCUCUUCCAAAAUGCCCUCAAAUACACCGAGUUUGGAUACGUUCAUGUCCGUUUGACGGCACAGCAAUCUAUUAAUGGUCCGACGGCCAAAUUGUCCAUCAUAGAUUCCGGCAAAGGUAUAUCCAGAGAUUAUUUGAAAUACGAACUAUACACACCAUUUGCACAGGAAGAUCCUAUGAGUAUUGGUACAGGGCUAGGCCUUAGCAUCGUUGGAAAACUGGUGCAAGGACUCGACGGGACGAUUGAUAUAUCGAGCACGAUUGGAGCCGGUACAGCUGUUCAGGUGGAAAUUCCUGUCAAGCAAUCAAUAUUAUCUGAUGAUUACGAAGAGACUAAUAGUAAGAAAUUGAUUAGAGAGACGAAAGAACGCUGUCGCGGGCUAUCAAUGUGCCUUCUCGGGCUUGAUAAUUAUCCCGACCCCUGCGAGAUACCUACAGUUGCGCGGUCUGCGGAAGAAAGAAAAAUGACUGCAAUCAAGUCUGCGUUGAUAAACUAUGCUGGCGACUGGUUUGGAAUGGUUAUACGAAAAGCUUGCUCGGGCGUUUCUACCAAUGGUGUUAUUUUUAUUUGCCUGAAGUCACAACUUCAAUUCGCGGACCACACUAGACAGAAGCCUUUGAUUGUGUUCGAGGAUAACACGAAACUUUCCAAAAAAGAGGAGGGUGUGUUCUAUCUGACACAACCUGCCGGACCCUAUAAACUAGCGAGAAUUCUAGGGCAAUGUAUUGACUAUCUACAUUCCACAGGCUCUAUACCAAACAACAUCGAACUACCCAGCAUGACAUAUAGGGUCCCAUCCAGCACAGGCUCUCCUCACAUGCUCACGCCAUCCACCAACGGAUAUCCCGAUUCUCAGAUCAUUGAAGUCAGUCCAAAAAACGUUGACAAUAAUGAUAGACCCAACAUGGAAUCACGUCAACAAUUAAACGAACCCAUAGACUCAGCGCGGCCCAAAUUCGAGUCACGGAAAUUAUCAAAUGAAUCUACAGACUCAGCACUAGAUAUGAGAAUAACUGAAGAGCCGGUUGUGACAUAUCAAUCGUUUCCCUUCCAAGUGGAAUUGCCACCGCCGUCGACGAAGGAGAAUGAGGUGGGUACGUUGGAUGAUGUACAAGAAAAAUCGAACGGGUAUGUCGAUGAAAAGUCCGUGGCGCUCCAGGUGCUUGUUCUAUCUGAAGCAGCCGCGAGUACGGCUCUAGAAAAGCCGGUCGCUGUUGUUCAGAACCCUGUUAUCUUUGAUGAGCCUGUUGUGCUUAACGGAUCCCUGAUUUCGGAGAAGCCUGUCGUCGCCGAGAAGUCCCCAGUUAUUCUUGAGAAGCCCUCAACCAUUGGAAAAGCUCCAGUAAUUGAAAAGCCUCUCGUUUCCGAGAAACCUGCAGUCUUGCAGAUCGCCAAAGCAGGACCAAAACCAGAAUUGUCAUCCACAUCCGCGGUUGAGAAGUUUUCACGAACGGUUGUUCUUCUGGUUGAGGACAAUAUAAUCAAUCUGAAAAUACUUGUCCACAGCAUGAAGAAACUAAAAGAGGAACACGAUACUGCAUCGAAUGGCUUAGAAGCCUUUGAGAAAUACAAGAAAGCUCCUGGAAGAUUCAAGUUAAUAUUCAUGGAUAUCUCCAUGCCCAUCAUGGACGGACUCACCUCCGCACGCCAUAUCCGCGAAUACGAAAAUACAAAUGGAUUAAGCAGAACGCGCAUCGUGGCGCUCACGUGUUUUGGUACGGAUGAACAUAGGAGGGAUGCGGCUAUGAGCGGAAUCGAUUUGUUUUUGACUAAGCCGAUUAAUAUGAAAUCGCUGAAGCCGGUGGUGGAUUUGGAUCCGGAGGUUGUGGGGGGUGGGGUGAUGAAGGAGGGGUUGAGUGGGUUGAGUGGGUUGAGGCUUGAGAGAUAA